AUGUACGCUAUAAAUUCCCAAUCUGAUCUCGGUCUGUCUCUUGUACCCAUGGAAAAAGCAGAAAGAAUAAUGCGAAUAUGGAAUAUCAAUCCGUCGUAUUCUCCUGACGAGAUGUUCAAACUUAUUUAUCCGUACAAGAGCAUGUUCAAGGAGCAUGAAGUCAAGGUCGCGGAGGAGUUCGUCGACAAGUUUAUCUCUGAGAGAAGCGGCUCCCACGAGUCUACCGCUGUCAUAACUCAUGUGAGUACUUCAGACGAAGAAGGUUCAAGGAGUAUCGAGGUGUCUGUCGAUCAUUCCGGAAAAACACGAAAAUUUUCAACCGAUGUGAAUGGUAAACCUUCUAAGGAAGAUCGCAGCUUCGUUUCUACACCUCAGCAGGAGACUUUGCUAGCGAAUCUUGCAAUUGCUCACUCUCAGGGAGACUUUGCAUUACUAGGUGCAAAGGGUACGGGAAAGACCAAACUGAUCGCGGAAUUGGCGGCUCGAUUAGGGUUCAGUACUGAGACAAUGAUAUUGUACCAGGAUAUGAACGCACGAGAACUGCUCCAGCGACGUCGUAUGCUGGAUAAUGGGGACACAUUGUGGGAAGAUAGCCAGUUGGUUGCAGCAGCUAAGCGCGGAGAUGUUUGCAUUCUUGAUGGAGCAGAAAGAGUUCACUGGAGCGCUUUGGAGUCAUUGGCGAGUCUUUGUUACCAUCGUACGCUGUUUCUUCCGGACGGUAGUCGUCUAGUUGGUUCUGAUGAGUUUGACAACAUCCAGAAAAAGACAGGAAAUGACGAGGCGCAUUUGAACACACGUGGAGUAUUUCGAAUUCCCAAAUCGUUCGCGCUUGUUCUGAUCGGCAGCUCCUCGGUGUCUGAGACCAGAUGGUUGAAUGAAACGGUCAUUAGUCUCAUGCCUUUCCUCAUCAUGCAGAAGCUAAGCAUUGACGACCAGUGUACAAUACUUCAAGGUUUGGUUCCUGCCGAAGCAAGCGAAACAACUCGAAAGUUGGUAGAGUUUGUGGACAGUCUGCAAUCCUCCGGAGAUGCGGCCUUGCGUGGAGUUGCUGAAUCAUUGUCUAUUCGCAAACUGAUUCAUAUCGCUAAACGAGAUUGCCUGCAUUCAGGAGAGCUCCGAGAUCUAAUCGAAAAAGCUGCACUAGCAAGGUUUCUUCCUUCUGUUACACGGUUAGCUUUUCACACUGAACUCGAUAAAGCGGGAUUUUUAAGGAGUUCGCCCUCUGCUGAACUUGUCGACGAUAUAAAAUAUCUUUUGGAGCAAAAUGUGGGAGAAAAGAAGGAAACCAUGAUACCAGAUGUAUUGUUUUACGAGAAUGAUCAGCAUAUGAGUGUGAUUCGCGAUAUGGCACGUGAUAUGCGGUUAGGAGCACAUCUUUUGUUAAUCGGAAAUCAAGGUGUUGGAAAGAACAAAAUCACCGAUCGCUUUCUUCAUCUCAUUCAACGACCUCGACAAUACAUGCAGUUGCACAGAGAUACGACAGUGGAAUCGCUAACCCUGCAAACUACUGUAGAAAGUGGUAUUUUGCGUUACGAAGACUCUGCCCUAGUACGAGCUGCUCGAGCAGGGCAUGUGCUUGUUAUCGACGAAGCAGAUAAGGCACCUCUUCCAUGUUAUUGCCAUCGAACACUUUUGUUGGGCGAUGGCAGAAGAAUACAGCCUGCUUCAGCUCCACCAUGUGAACGCAGCAUUCCACUUCAUCCUGACUUCAGAAUAAUCAUGUUGGCUAAUAGGCCUGGAUUCCCUUUCCUCGGCAACGAUUUAUUUGGCUUGCUCGGUGAUCUCUUCUCUGUACACACUGUGGAUAACCCAAGUCGUGACAGUGAAUUGGAAAUGCUCAAAAAAUACGCUCCUAGUAUGUCUUUUCUGCAUGUUUUUGUUAUUUUUUGA